AUAAAUGGCUUUCACUGGCACUUAUCUGUUAGCUUGUGCCAGUUUUACUGUACAGUUGAUGUAGCUGCUUCGACUUCCUCGAUAAUCCACAUGGUGCUUAUUAGCAUCGACAGAGUUGUUGCGGCAGCGAAGCCAACAGAUUACAGGACUUCGAAACAUCGAACUCGCACCUAUGCAGCAAUCCUGAUUGCUUGGUGUUUUAGCAUUGCUCUAUCUUUACCACUUGGUUAG